GUGCUGUCUAGAGUGUAGCUAGACGGUCCGGUGUCGGCCUUCCCGUUGACGAGUUCAUCUCGCACUUGAGAGCCACAGCAGAGAGUUCCGUGUCCUGCAGCAUGUUCAGAUCCGCCCUCCGCCUCUCCUUCUCCGCUGCUCGGAGCAUAACACAAGCCCGGCCGCAGAAAAUAGCUCCUUUAGCUAGUCGCUGCUAUUCUCAUGGCAAACAGGAGACAGAUGAGGAGUUUGAUGCCCGCUGGGUCACCUACUUCAACAAACCAGAUAUUGAUGCUUGGGAACUCAGGAAAGGUAUGAAUACUUUGAUUGGCUAUGACUUGGUACCUGAGCCUAAAAUAUUGGACGCAGCUUUAAGAGCCUGUCGGCGAUUAAAUGACUUGGGCAGUGCCAUCCGUAUUCUUGAAGCGGUUAAGGACAAAUCGGGUCCACACAAAGAGAUCUACCCAUAUGUUAUCCAAGAACUUCGUCCCACACUGAAUGAGCUGGGAAUUCCCACACCCGAGGAGCUUGGCAUUGACAAAGCAUAGACUUCUGCAGUCAUGUGUCUUCAGAGGGACCGUUGCCAUUGUCGGGGCUGAGUGGACCUCCUGUACUUGAAGUCUUUGCCACAUGUCAUGAUAUUUGUGCUAUAUUUAAUUGGCAUAUAUAAUGUUCUUUUGCUUGUAAAAUAUUGGUGGAUCUAAUAAAGGGAGAAAUAUAUAUAUAUUUA